AUGGAUACAGACACAUCUCCUGAACAGAUCGGGAAAGAUUACUAUGAUGCUCUUUCGAGCCUCACGAUGAACUCAAGGCCAAUUAUAGAGAGUCUAACGACGCUGGCACAGGAGAAUACGGAAGCUGCAUCGGAGAUCACGAAAGCUGUGGAAAAAAGAAUCAAUAAAGCCAUCCCAACUCAGAAACUCUAUGCAUUCUACUUACUAGACUCCAUCUGCAAGAACGUCGGAGUUCCGUACCCAUCACUUUUUGGAUCGAACAUAUUCAAACUCUUCACGCAGGCGUAUUCUUUGGUUGACGAUCCAACGAGGGUGAAGCUAAUACGCUUGUUUAAGACGUGGAAGAUACCGAAUGCAGUAACUGGUCUUGCUCUUUUCGAUGAGGAUCAGAUAGAGCUCGUCGACAAGUUCCUUAUCAAAGCAACGGCAUGCAAUAGACCUCCCGAGGAGCAAAGACAGAUUGAUAUUUCGAGCGGAAAGGCCACAAAGACUAGCCUUCUACGUGAAAUAGAUGAUCUUACCAAUCUAGUCAAUUCCCGACUGCUACAGAUGCCCAACGAUGCAAAGGGCAAGGAGAGAUACCAGCUAUUAAAGCAGUUGAGGCGGAUAAUCGGGAACCCGUCGCCGAUUCCACAGAAGCAGCUUGAUUUUACGAAAAAACAGCUACAGUCAAUUCGCGAGGACGAGGUGAUGCGGAUGGAUGCAUUUAGGAAAAAGCAGCAACUAAGACAACAGCAGCAACAACGGGAGCAGGCACGUCAGCAACAGCAGCAACAACAACAACAGCAGUUGCCACAAUUCAGCACAGACCAGCUUCAAGGGCUUCUGAACUUGCGAACGAGGCCAGAUAACAGACAGAUGGCGCAUCCAGAACAUCAGCAAGGCAUGCAAAGCCAGGGCCAGUUCAACAAUGCGAAUGCACAGGCACUAUUCAGCAUGAUGAACACGCUUUUGAGCCAAAGCCAGGGCCAACCAGUGCAGUCACGCCAUGUUCCAGCACCAAAUAGUGUGCAUUCAGGUAACAAUGCCGGAAACCAGGCGUCAGCCUUGGGGUUGAAGAACCUCGAGUUUCUCAAAGACAUCCUGCGGAAGUCAAAAGGCCAGAAAGUCGAAGAUUCCGGGAAGCGCGCGGCUGGAAAUGCACACGGGUCGAACCCCGGCGGUGGCAAUAUGAAUGUGUCGCAGAACGAGCCGAAAGCGGUGAUAUUGGCACGGUUUGAGUUGAAGCAGAACUUCAUCAGCAAACAUAAGCCAACGGCCUCGGAGGUUGCAUUAAUAUAUUCUGCCAAGAGCAACCAGUGCUCGAAUUGCUCGAAGAGGUUCGCAACUGAUAGCGAGGGAGCCAAGGAGAAGGCACUACAUCUAGACUGGCAUUUCAGAACGAACAAAAAGCUCAAGACACUCUCGAAGCAGAUUCACAACCGGACGUGGUUCUUGCCCGAAAAGGAGUGGGAAGAGUUCCAGGAGGAUGAGAUUGUGGGCGCGGUGGAUGAUAACUACGAGCUUGGGGUGCAGAUGAACAACCGCGUGAAUGAAAAGAAGACUUUAACGGAGGAAGAGAUGAACAAGCAUGUGGUGAUGAUCCCGGACGACUCGGACAAUGAGGUGUUGUGUGGGAUAUGCCGGGAUAAGAUCGUGGGGGUGUUUGAUGAUGAUAGUGGCGAGUGGGUGUGGAGGAAUGCUGUGAAGCAGAGGGGACGGAUAUACCACUACAGCUGCUGGAUUGAGACUAAGGGACAGGGGGAGCGUGACCGGUCGCCCGAGAGAAGAUGA